CUAGAAAAUAAUUCAAUACGGAGAGAUUGUGUGGAAAUACCAAACAUGAUUUAUUAAAGACAAAAAUAAAGUAAGCCAUCUGGCAAUUAACUAUAAUGACCCAUCAUAGAAGAAAGAAUCCCAGCAGUGAAAGGAGUUAGGAGGUGGGUUGCAUGACAGUGUCUGAAAGACACAAACUAGCAGCCGAAGAGCGAGGAAGCCUUCAAAUGGGUUUCUAAAUACUGUCCUAAUUUAACUAAUGCAUAAGCUUAAUUUUCUAUAUCAUCAGAAUAUAUCUGUAUUACAAGCUUUUUGUGUGUGACUUUGCAUUAAAACUGGGACGUGUAUGUAAUUGUUGACAUUCCAGACUCACAAAAACUAAAAUAAACUAAAACUAUCUUUUGAAAAAUAACUAAAACAGGACAGAACUGGAAACCUGUUUUAACAUAAAAGCAGCAAACACAUAACCUAUAAUUACUUGUGGUGUGUAUCAUCUCAAAAGUGUAAUGGUAGAGUUUAUUCUGCAUUAUGGGCAGUAACACUGUAUAAUAAUAAUUUACAAAUAAACAGGAUAAUCAAUCAAUCACAAAGCAACUGUUAUCUACAGUAAGUAAAAACUGGUCUUUAUCCUUUCAUCAUGUAACACGAGCUUUGUCCGCACCUGGACUCGAACCCGCGCUCUGAUGGUUCCGUAAAAACUCCGUCUUUUUUUCAUUGGAUAUAACGUAGCGAUUUGAUUGGUUGUUUCUGCGUUCCACCCAUGAGUGAUGGGCCGAGGUGUCAGCGUUUUUCUACCCGCUCUGGUGGCACGGAGCGAGGCUGGCUGUGGUGGAUGUGCUGCGGGUCGAGUCGCUUUAUACAGUAUGGAGCCGCCCGACUUCGAAAGCAUGAAUUUUACGGUGGCGCCGGAGGUGUCUGCCUACCCGGUGUGCAAAGAGUGGAAAGAGGGUGCGGAAGGAUCGGUGUUCCAUCUCGCCAACAUCUUUCUGUUCCUUGGCUUCAUGGGGGGCAGUGGCUUUUACGGACUCUUCUACCUGUUCACCUUUCUCACUCUGGGCUUCUUCUGCUCCACUCUCUGGUCGUGGUCGGACUCCUGCACCACGGACUCUUUUCUGUGGAGUUUGGCGAUCUUCGCGGUGUGUCUGGUACAAGUCCUGCACAUGUCAUACAGGCUGAGGAGCUUUUCGUUUGACAAGGACUUCCAGGAGCUGUAUAGCUGCAUGUUUAAAAGAGUCGGAGUGUCAUUGUCCCAUUUUGGGAAGAUAGUGGCCUGCUGUGACGGGGAAGUCCAAACUUUAGAGAAGGACCGCUGCUUCGCCGUAGAAGGAAAAACCGCUAUUGACAAGCUGUCAGUGCUGCUCUCUGGAAGGUGAUUGCGCACACACGCUUGAACAGCUCAGUGUCAAACAUGGUACACCCCAACAUAGAGUUUAGCACA